AUGGAUCCGCACAAGGGCCUGGAGCAAGACAAGCUCCUUGAUAUCAGCAACCUGCUGACUCAAAUUUUUCCGAUGGUUGAUGACGUUCUGAAUGAAGAAACACCGGUGGAUGUGCACCUCCUUCGUGAAUGGGUCCAGCGUACCAUCUGCUUGUGUGGCAACGUCAAUGUGGCCUUCCCAUUAAAUGCAAGGCGGCUCUUACUGCACUGGACAGCAAGCUGGAUGACUUGGAGAGCUGGUUGA